AUGCUUCACAGCCGAUCAUGCACAUACAGGCUGUUAGCACCCGCAGUCGCUCGACGCAUUACACCGCUGGUGCCCUCGCAAUGCCUCCUACAAACUCAUAGGUCCCGGACCUACAGCGCGGAAGCCGCUCCCUCACACGAUGUAGCAGUCCUCGGAGGAGGAAUCACCGGCCUUGCCGCCGCCCAUUAUGUUACUCGCGAGCAUCCGAGGGCUAAAGUUACACUCUACGAAGCUUCGGAUCGUGUGGGAGGAUGGGUCUCGUCGAAGCGGGCGGACGUCCAUGAUGGCACGGUUUUGUUCGAGGGAGGACCUCGCACGUUGCGACCCAACGGCAAUGGCGUUCUUGCUGCGAAUGCAUCACAGAUGCAAGAGCUGGAUCUCACCAAAGACGCCAUAUUCACGCAAAAAUCCUCGCCAGCCGCUCAAAAUCGAUUCGUCUACUACCCCGAUCACAUCGUUCGCAUGCCUCAUCCCUCGGCCGGACUGUUCAAUAAUCUAUGGAGCCUCAUGACCGAGCCCGUCUUCGCCACGGCUUUGAAGAGCGGAUUUAUGGAGGCAUUCACGACCGGACGAGACGGAAGCAUACAAGACGAGAGCAUUGCAGAGUUCUUCUCGCGACGCCUUAGCCCGACUAUGGUAGACCGGAUCUUGAGCGCUGUGAUUCAUGGCAUAUAUGCUGGUGAUGUGAAUAAGCUAUCUGCAAAGAGCUUAUUUCCAAAUCAAUGGCGGCACGAGGCCAAGUAUGACAGCCUUAUCAAGGGUGUUAUUCAGGAACGAGCGGAAGGUACUAUGGUCACAAAGCGGGAGGCGGACUUCUUGCAGGCAAUGAAAGUCUUCGAAUGGGACCCCUUAUUGAAGGCAACACUCAAGGACAACUCCGUGUUCACGUUCAAGGACGGCCUGCAAAUGCUACCGGACAGGCUACACUCGAGGCUGUUCGAGGACGGACGGGUCGAGUUCAAGACUGGUUCGCCGGUAGAAUCCAUCGUGCAGUCUCAAGGAAACUCGGGCAUUCAAGUCACGACGAAAGGAUCAACAGAGUCCAAGACACACACGCAUGUGAUUUCAGCGCUCUCUCCCGAGCAUCUCAACACGGUUUGCCGGCAUGGGAGCGCGAGCUCUCGUCUCAUCGACAGCAUCCCGACCGUGACUGUAAUGACAGUUAGCAUGUACUUCCGCACUCCGGAUCUACAUGAGCCGGGGUUCGGAUACUUGAUCCCACAGGCAACGCCCUUCGAGAACAACCCGGAGCGCGCACUAGGAGUGGUCUUUGAUACUGCGUACUCGCCUGGGUCCUCGGACAGUCGGGGAACGAAAGUGACGGUCAUGCUUGGUGGGCAUUGGUGGGAUGGCUGGCCAGCAUUUCCGGAUGAAGAAGAAGGCGUGACGAUGGCUCGCGCAGUCCUGGAGCGUCAUCUCGGCAUCAAAGAGGCUCCAGAGGCAUGGCAGGUGAAUCUCCAGGCGGACUGCAUCCCUCAAUACACCGUGGGCCACGAAACGCGGCUCAAAAAAGCGCACAACAAUAUCUGGCAAGAGUAUAAAGGCCGAUUACGGGUUGCCGGAAAUUGGAUGUCUGGAGUGGGCGUAAAUGACUGUCUGCGCAGUGCCUAUGAAGUCGCCAGAAAUCUAUCAAAAGACGGAACAGGUCUGCAGCAUGUGGGUGAGGCCCCCACGUUGCGAAUGAAACCUGUCCGACCCGGUGAAAAGACUGAGGAAUCAUGA